AAAACUAACUGAGUGGAAGGGGGGAGAAGCUUCAUGUACCACUUUGCCACAUUUCAUUUGAUGUCAAACUGGUUGUUUAGUUUUCCCCUGCAAGAGACUCCACCUCCUUUCAAAGUCCCCUUAAAAUCUGUUGAGAUUUUAUCCCAGUGCAACUCCUGCCUCGUGCUUAAUAGUUACACAGGGAAAGAACAGCAAAUGUCCUCAGUCUCACUGCAGGGGAUUCAGACAGCUGGUGCUUUAGAAAACUGCUGCCCUGACAAAGAAUUUUUACUUGGAUUGGAGUGGGUUUUGGCUUCCAUUUAGGUUUUCUUGUCCCUAAAAUAAGCUAAAGGAAGACAUCACUUGCCACUGGCCUGGAAAACACCUUCCUUUCCUUUUCUCCUUCUUUUAGUAGAGGAAAAAGAAACUUGAAGGAGAGACUUGUUCUGUAGUUUUUGCUCUUCAAGCGUAGGUUAAAAUGCCAGGGAAGAGGGAGGAGGCCCUUGGCAUCGCUCGUCUCCUCCUGGAACUGCAUUGCAUCACUCGGAAAACAGGACGAGAGCACAUGAGACAGCUCAUUCCGACGUCUUUUUAACAGCACUUGGUUAAAUGCAUGGAAAUUCAUACCACCAGCACCUACUGCGAGGCAAUGAGCAGAUGCCAGAAGAUUUUCUUUUACACUUACAAGAAGUGAAAAGCCAUGGGCGUGUUUUCCAUUUUUAACGCAAGCAACGUUUCGCAGGCUGGCUCCCUCCAGGACGGCGGCAACUGGACGGCGGCAACCCAGUUCACGCAGCCAGGAUGGAGAAUUGCCCUGUGGGCCAUCACCUACUCCCUCAUCGUUAUCACAUCCAUCGUGGGCAAUGUCACCAUCAUCUGGAUUAUUCUGGCGCACAGGAGGAUGAGGACUGCCACCAAUUACUUCAUUGUUAACCUGGCCCUUUCGGACCUGCUGAUGUCCGCUUUCAACACCAUUUUCAAUUUUAUCUAUGCCAGUCACAAUGUCUGGUAUUUUGGUGAGGAAUUCUGCAGGUUUCAGAACUGGUUCCCCAUCACUGCAGUGUUUGUGAGCAUCUACUCCAUGACAGCCGUGGCUGCGGAGAGGUACGUGGCCAUAAUCCACCCCUUCAAGCCCAGGCUCUCUGCUGGAAGCACCAGAGCCAUCAUUGGGAUAAUCUGGCUGGUGGCCUUUGGGCUGGCCUUCCCACAGUGCUUCUACGCCGAGAUCACCAUGGACAACGGGGCCAUGAAGUGCAUCGUGGUCUGGCCUGACGACGUUGGAUCCAAGCACCAGCUGACGUACCACAUUGCCGUGAUUGUGUUGAUUUAUUUCCUGCCUUUAAUGGUGAUGUUUGUUGCAUACAGCAUUAUCGGAAUUACUCUGUGGAACAGCGCGGCUCCAGGCAACCACCUGAACAGAGUCCGCUACCAACACCAAGUCAAUGCCAAAAAAAAGUUUGUAAAGACGAUGGUGGUGGUGGUGAUAAUUUUUGCUGUCUGCUGGCUGCCCUAUCACAUCUACUUCAUCCUGGGGAGCUUCAAGGAAGAUAUCUACCAGCAGAAGUACAUUCAGCAGGUGUAUCUCGCAGUCUUCCUCCUUGCCAUGAGCUCCACCAUGUACAACCCCAUCAUAUACUGCUGCCUGAACCAGAGGUUUCGUUCUGGCUUCAGGCUAGCCUUCCGCUGGUGUCCAUGCAUAAAAGCAACAGAAAAAGACAAACUUAAACUCAUGUCCCCAUCCUCUUACCAGGCAACCCACAGGAAGUCAAGAACAACAAGUUUCAACACAGAAACUCAGCUGAAUGACAAAGAGAAGACAUCCUUUACUCUCACCCGAUUAACGCUUUGAUUUCCUGGUCCUGGCUCUAUCCCCAUAUGCCAUGACAAAGCAGCAGAUCUGUAGAAGCCUGAAGCAGGUCUUUUCUCUGGACCAACUGUUUCCUACAGGACCUCUUUAGAUGCCAUCAGCAUUGAAGGCAGUGUGUUGAUAACACUUAUAUCCAUGUAGGUCCAAAUAUCACCCAGCUAUGGAUACAAGUUUAGCCCUCCCUUACAUCAACAACUGCAAUACUGAAAAGACAUCAGACCCAGAAUGUCAAAAAAAAUCAGUGGAGCAGAUUCGAGGCAGUGCCAAUCAGUAGAAUAUAAAUUAUUUUAUUCUAAAUGGUGAUCUCCUGAUUUCUGUUCCACCAAGACUCUUAAAUUCAGAAAAGACUCAAUGGAGCAGAGAGGCUGGGGCUCGUGGCCUAGCUGGGAUGGACCCCGGGGCUGUGUGGGCAGCUGAGUCCCAGCAGCCCCAAGGCAGACAACACUGUGGACCAAAGCCUGUUCACAACAAAGGCAAACACUAACACAUCCAGACUGAAGAAUCCAGCCUGCACCCACCAUUUUCUGAAUUCUGGGAUUUUCAUGCCUGUAAUUUCACCAGCAGUAACAGUUCCUUAAGGUGUUGUCAUUGCAUGGAUUUCUAUAACCUUGUCCCAAAAUAUGAUGUUGUUUUCCUGUUAAA